AUGACCUCCACACUUGUACACUCUAACGGUUCUGCAAAUGGUAACGCUGUACCCCCCGUUUACAACAGCGAUCUGGACGUCUCUAAGCUCAGAAUAACGUUGGCCGAGUCUUUGAAGCCUAUCCCACCUGCGGACGAGCUGGUAUUCGGAAAGACCUUCACGGACCACAUGUUAGUUGCUAGCUAUGAUCCAGUGAAUGGUUGGUCUGCUCCCGAGAUCAAGCCAUACGGACCCCUCAGCCUUGAUCCCGCCAGCUCCUGCUUCCAGUACAGUACAAAUAUUUUCGAGGGCAUGAAGGCGUACAUCGGAGUAGAUGGCAAGCCGAGACUAUUCCGACCGGAGAUGAACAUGGCGCGGAUGAAGAGGUCCGCGGACCGCAUUGCUUUGCCCCCGUUCAGCGUCGACGCCGUGCUCGAGCUCAUUAAGAAGAUCGUGACGUUGGAACAGCGCUGGAUACCCAACAAGACAGGUUGCAGUCUGUACAUUCGGCCCACUGUCAUCGGCACGCGCCCCAAUCUCGGUGUACGUGCGUCUGACAGCGCGCUAUUGUACAUCAUUCUUACCCCGGCGGGCCCAUUUUUCCGCACUGGCCCUCGCCCAAUCUCGUUGCUCGCAGUUGGCGACAGCGUACGCGCGUGGCCCGGCGGUACGGGUGGGCACAAGCUCGCGCUAAACUACGCGUCGACAUUCAAGCCGCAGCAGUAUGCGGAGAAGCUCGGGUAUGAGCAGGUGCUCUGGCUGCUUCAGGGCACGGUCACCGAGGCCGGCGCGAUGAACUUUUUUGUUGUCCUCAAGCGCGAUGACGGCGACUGGGACGUCAUCACCGCACCGCUGGACGGGACGAUCCUGCCGGGGGUCACGCGCGACUCGUGCCUCGCGCUGAUUGGCGCACACCCGUCGCGUACGCACCUCCCGCACCUGCCAAGCUCGUUGCGCCUGUAUCCGCAGGAGCGCUCUUUCACAAUCACCGACAUCUUCACUUGGCAUGCCGAGGGCCGCCUGCUGGAGGCGUUCGCCGCGGGCACCGCGAUGAUCGUCGGGAGCGUCUGCAGAAUCGGCCACGAGGGCAAGGACAUUGUGCUGCCCGAGUACGAGGCGGGGCGCGGGCCCGUCGCGCAGGCACUGUAUGAACGCAUCCUUGAUAUCCAGGAGGGUCGCGUGGAGUGGGACGGGUGGUCCGUAGUGUGUGAAUGA